CUUAGUUGUUAUCAUUUACAUAGACAUCCAUAAUUCAUACCCGUUUUUCUUCAUUUCUGAAAUAAUAUUUCGAACAGACAAACCUGACAGUUUUCUGAAACCUUGCAGCAGAGGGUUGUAGCUUUCAAAACUGUACUAAAUCUAGAACCCAAAUCUCAAAACCACAUUGCCUAAGAGCUCUGGAUCAGAAUUUUAUGAGUGCAUACGUUUAGAAAUUUUCGAAAGAUUCUUGCUUACUUCUACAAAGGGGUUUUAAAGAGGUGUUUUUACUCAUAUCCAGACUUGAUACACUAUAUUGUCGACUUGGGAUAUAUAAUUCCAGAAAUUUUAGUUAAUAAUCUCCAUUUUUAUUGUGUUUAUUGCUGAAGGUCUACAAUAGGGGACUAAUGGCCCUGUAGAGAGUUCGAUGACUAUGAACAGUUUAGAUUUUGAAAUAGUUCAUUCUGAGUUAUUAGUUUGAAAAACAAGUACACCUGAGAAGCAUCGUUUCUCAAUUUUCGAACUGACCGGUAGAUUCUUAAGCUGAAUUUUUAUGAACAUUUUGAAACUUAAUCCUCUUUGUAGGUUUCAGUUUUAGUGGUAUCAGGAAUAAACCUGAGUCGAUUUGGACAUUCGGUAGUAAUACAAACGGCGAGGCGCAUUCUUGGAAUCAUUAUAAUCCUAACUUGUAUAUUUCUACUGAAAAGAUCAUCUAGUAAUAGAUGGAUCUAGAAUUUUAGCUAGGAGACUUUUAGUUACCUAAUUUUGAGCCGCAGCUCAAUGAUUUCAUCGAACUUGAUACAGCCACAGACUUGGUAAUCCAGACCUGCAAAGAAUUCUUUCCUAGAGCCUACUAUCCAGCAGGUUAUGGCCUCCAUGAAAGUUAGGCAUCAUAUAUC